CCCCCUCCCGUCGGGCUGACAGGAAGCGGCGCGCGCCACGCACGGGGCGCGACACGCGCAGUCGCUCGGCAUGGCGGGAGCCUCGCGGAGCCUCUCGGCGCUCUACACGCAGUACCUGCUCGUCACGGCGCUCUACAUGCUCGAGCCCUGGGAGCGCGCCGCCUUCAACCUGCUGCUGGUGAUCAUCAUGGCCAUGGUGCUGUACACCACGUUCAUCUUCAUGCCGCAGCACGUGUCCGCAGCGCUCGGCUACCUGCGCUCUGGGGAGCUGGAGCUGUGAGCGCAGGCGUGCUCGCCGCACGCACGCCUACGGGGGAUGAUGGGAGGAGAGGGCCGUGGGGAUGAAGAGGAGGCCCACGUGCCCUCCCCAGCCACGACCUCAACAACCCAAGCUGACGCACACAACAACUCUUCAUUCACAGUGUAACUUCGGCAUCUGGGGAACGCGAGAGUCCUUUUGUACAAAAUUUUGCACAUUGGAGAAAUGGGUCCAUAUGUUAUAUAAAGUCAUGCUUUUGUUUUAAAAACUCUUUGAAACCCUCCCUCUUGGAUGGUGUUCAUUAUUUGUAUACAAUUUUGUAUUCUUUGGAAGCAGGCUCGGCUUCAUACUGUAUUUUUCAUACUGUCAGAAACUCCUAUGCAUUGCAUUAUAAGCUGCAGGCACUUGUGUAGGCAGCGCAGCAAGCAGGUGCAGCGAGCAUGUGCAGCAAUCUGCACUGACCAGCACACAGUCCCUUGUGUCCCGCUCUGCUUGUCCAUCGUAACCCCCCCCACCCCCCCCACGUGUGAUGGCAGAUGUUCGCACCACAAUGGGUUUCUUCAUCUCAUCCCCGUAUUUCUUAAUCAUUUUAACAAUUUGUAUCUGGGAGGCUGCAUGUGCAUCGUUAUAUAUAUAUUAGCGUGCAGCUGGAGCUAAAAUGAGGUGUGUGCAGUGGUGGUGCAGUGCUUAGCACACUGCGCUAUGAGCCUGGCAACCCGAGUUAAAUUCCCCGUCACAACUAACAUUGGUGAGUGAUUUCCAAACCAGUCCUUGCUUCCCUUCACCAAUCCCCACUCACCAGUGUGGUGAAGUAUGGUCAAACAACCUUCCCAACCAACACGCCAUAAGGGGACCUUGAAAUCAGUGGGUUUACAAAACUUGAAAUUAUAUAUUUCCCUCCAAAAAUCUAUCUAGGGAUAAAAUUAAGGGAAGUAAUGAUUAUAUGAUUUUAAAUCUUGCUUUACCAAAAAAAAUAAUUAUAUUUUAAGCCCUACUUGUAUUGGGGUACCAGGCCAAUGUCACCAUAAACUGCCUUAUGUGUUCAGACACGUUACGAACCAGAAGUGCCAACAUUCCUGACAACGUCACGGUCUCUUGGUGGACAAUCUGUUUCCAGCCAGCGCGCCUCACCGAGCGUGCCACCCAUGGCUGUCACCAAGCUGACAGUCCUUGCAAUGAUAGCAGUCAUUUGAGUUCCUAAGUUUGCUGUCUUUAUUGCACCAUUCUGAAAAGAAAUAUAUUUUAGAAAGUCUUUUGGAAGAAAUGGAAGAUUACGUAGCUUAAUUUAUUAAUAUUAUUUGGGUCUUUCGGUAAAGCCGCGUAGAUAGAAACAUAAUUGUAAUAAAUCACGACGUUUCGAUCGCAACAUGAGCGAUCGUAUUUUUCACCUGAAGACGAUUGCUUGUGUUGCGAUCGAAACGUAAUUUAUUUUUUAUGUUUCUAUCUACGUGACUUUACCGAAAGACCCAAGAAUAUAAAUUACUGCAGUCAUGAAAGCUUUAAGUCAAGAUUUAAUUUAUUAUGGCAAGCCUGCUUUUAUUCUGUAUUUGGUUUGGAAUAUUUGAGAGUGCAAACAUUUGCUGGUGUCACUUGUGGUUGAACUAUUUAUGAUGAAUAUUAAUCCAAAGAGAGAUUUACACUGGACACAUGUUUAUAACUUAUAAUAGCAGUUUAUUAAAGUGCACUUAUAUUCUGCAGAGAAUAUUUUAUUUUAAGAUGGCCCAUUACACAAUGUUUGAAUAUUUUGGUUCAUUUUAUUGAUGCUUUGAAAUAUCUACUGUAUUUUAAACAUCGCAAGUACAGUGAAUUAAUGGCUGCAAGUCAUCACGGUGUAUCUUUGCUGCUUAUGCAGUGAUUACAGGUCUCUCUCUCUCGCUUUAUGCGGGUAUGGUUUGUGUGAUUUCGCGUAUCUGCGGCUAACGUAUUUCUACCUUAAAUUCCCUUCAUGCGGUUUUAAUUCACUCGCAUGCGGCUAUUUAGUCGGACGUGGGGCAACAUUGUAGGUACUGUACACGCUACUCAGCAGGCAGCUGUCGUGCGGUGCGCUAUGGGUUGCGUGACUGCGUGGUCUAUAGUAUGCGAUUUCACUUUGUGCGCUCUUGGAAUGCAUCUACUCCCGCAUAAAGCAAGGAAAUCCAGUAUUCCUUCCCGACUGCCCGGGCAUAUAUUGUUUUGCAUUUAAAAUCAUCAUCAUGUGCAUCCCUGGUAUAAGCUUGGUAGGUGUGUUUUUAAAGACAACUCUGCAGUGUAGCCAAACCAGAACUGGCAUCCAGGUCUCGGUGACGACGAUACUGCCCUGUUACGCAGCCAUUGAGUUGGCAUUUGAGGUGACACGAAUUGAGUGCAGAUACCAGCAGGGCAGAGCCGAGCUGGGUGACUGGGGCAGGGUGGCAGGCCUGCUGUGUAAUGCACGCCAGCAGACGUGCAGGGGUCGAAAUUGUACUGUCUCGUCAGCUAGAAAAAGAUAACAGUUUGUUGUGAUCUCAAUAAUUUCCGCGGUUUUUAAGAAAUAAAAUUGUACUAAUCCAGA